AUGGCGGCCGCGACUGUCUUGGUUCCCGUAGAGUGGAUAAAGAACUGGGAGAAAUCAGGGAGAGGCGAAUUUUUGCAUUUAUGCCGGAUCCUCAGUGAAAAUAAAAGCCAUGAUAGUUCAACUUCUAGAGAUUUCCAGCAAGCUCUUUAUGAGUUAUCAUGCCAUGUCAUUAAAGGAAAUCUAAAGCAUGAACAGGCAUCUAAUGUUCUUAAUGACAUUAGUGAAUUUCGUGAGGAUAUGCCCUCCAUUCUUGCCGAUGUAUUCUGCAUAUUAGAUAUUGAGACAAAUUGUUUAGAAGAAAAAAGCAAGAGAGACUAUUUUACACAAUUGGUAUUAACAUGUUUGCAUUUAGUUUCAGACACAGUUCUGAAGGAACGCUUGGAUCCAGAAACAUUGGAAUCGUUAGGGCUUAUCAAACAAUCACAGCAAUUCAAUCAAAAGUCAGUUAAAAUCAAGACAAAACUCUUUUAUAAGCAGCAAAAAUUUAAUUUGUUAAGAGAAGAAAAUGAAGGUUAUGCCAAGCUGAUUGCUGAAUUGGGGCAAGAUUUAUCUGGAAAUACUACUAGUGAUUUAAUCUUAGAAAAUAUCAAAUCUUUAAUAGGAUGCUUUAAUCUGGAUCCCAAUAGAGUUCUGGAUGUCAUUUUAGAAGUGUUUGAAUGCAGGCCAGAACACGAUGACUUCUUUAUAUCUUUAUUAGAAUCUUACAUGAGUAUGUGUGAACCGCAAACACUGUGUCAUAUUCUUGGGUUCAAAUUCAAGUUUUACCAGGAACCAAAUGGAGAGACUCCUUCAUCUUUGUACAGAGUUGCAGCAGUACUUCUACAAUUUAAUCUUAUUGAUUUAGAUGAUCUUUAUGUACAUCUUCUUCCAGCUGAUAAUUGCAUUAUGGAUGAACACAAACGAGAAAUUGUAGAAGCUAAGCAGAUUGUUAGAAAACUUACAAUGGUUGUACUGUCUUCCGAUAAAAUUGACGAGCGAGAGAAAGAAAAGGAAAAAGAAGAGGAGAAAGUGGAGAAGCCACCUGACAACCAAAAACUUGGUUUGUUGGAAGCCUUGUUAAAGAUCGGUGAUUGGCAGCAUGCACAGAACAUUAUGGAUCAGAUGCCUCCAUACUAUGCAGCUUCACAUAAACUAAUAGCCCUUGCUAUUUGCAAGCUUAUUCAUAUAACUAUUGAGCCUCUCUACCGAAGAGUUGGCGUUCCUAAAGGUGCUAAAGGCUCACCUGUUAAUGCUUUGCAAAAUAAGAGAGCACCAAAACAAGCAGAGAGCUUUGAAGAUUUGAGGAGAGACGUCUUCAAUAUGUUCUGUUACCUUGGUCCUCACCUUUCUCACGAUCCCAUUUUAUUCGCAAAAGUGGUGCGGAUAGGCAAGUCAUUUAUGAAGGAGUUUCAGUCUGAUGGAAGCAAACAAGAAGAUAAAGAGAAGACGGAAGUUAUCCUUAGCUGCUUGCUUAGCAUUACUGACCAGGUAUUACUUCCAUCUCUUUCUUUGAUGGACUGCAAUGCUUGUAUGUCUGAGGAACUGUGGGGAAUGUUUAAAACAUUUCCAUAUCAGCAUAGAUAUCGUCUGUAUGGCCAGUGGAAGAAUGAAACUUACAACAGCCAUCCACUUUUAGUAAAAGUUAAAGCUCAAACAAUAGACAGAGCCAAAUAUAUCAUGAAGCGUCUAACCAAGGAAAAUGUGAAGCCUUCUGGAAGACAAAUUGGGAAGUUGAGCCACAGCAAUCCAACCAUUUUGUUUGAUUAUAUCUUGUCACAAAUACAGAAGUAUGAUAACUUAAUAACACCUGUAGUAGAUUCAUUGAAAUACCUCACUUCGUUGAAUUAUGACGUCUUGGCCUAUUGUAUCAUUGAAGCUUUAGCUAAUCCAGAAAAGGAGAGAAUGAAACAUGACGACACAACCAUCUCAAGCUGGCUUCAGAGUCUGGCUAGUUUCUGUGGUGCAGUUUUUCGUAAAUAUCCAAUUGAUCUUGCUGGUCUUCUUCAAUAUGUGGCUAAUCAGCUAAAGGCAGGCAAAAGUUUUGACCUGCUUAUAUUGAAAGAAGUGGUACAAAAAAUGGCAGGAAUAGAAAUUACAGAAGAAAUGACAAUGGAGCAACUAGAGGCCAUGACUGGUGGAGAGCAACUAAAAGCUGAGGGUGGUUACUUUGGCCAGAUAAGAAACACUAAAAAAUCCUCCCAGAGAUUAAAGGAUGCACUAUUAGACCAUGACCUUGCUCUUCCUCUCUGUUUGCUUAUGGCUCAGCAGAGGAAUGGGGUAAUCUUUCAGGAAGGUGGAGAGAAACAUUUGAAACUCGUGGGAAAGCUCUAUGAUCAGUGUCAUGAUACCCUGGUACAGUUUGGUGGGUUUUUAGCAUCUAAUCUAAGCACAGAAGAUUAUAUAAAGCGAGUGCCUUCAAUUGAUGUGCUCUGUAAUGAAUUUCACACACCCCAUGAUGCAGCAUUUUUCCUGUCUAGGCCAAUGUAUGCACACCAUAUUUCGUCAAAGUAUGAUGAACUUAAAAAAUCAGAGAAGGGAAAUAAACAGCAACAUAAAGUUCACAAGUACAUUACAUCAUGUGAAAUGGUGAUGGCUCCUGUCCAUGAAGCAGUGGUUUCCUUACAUGUUUCCAAAGUCUGGGACGACAUCAGCCCUCAAUUCUAUGCCACAUUCUGGUCAUUGACAAUGUAUGACCUUGCAGUUCCACAUACCAGCUAUGAACGGGAAGUCAAUAAACUUAAAGUCCAGAUGAAAGCAAUUGAUGACAAUCAGGAAAUGCCUCCAAAUAAAAAGAAAAAAGAGAAGGAGCGAUGUACUGCCCUUCAGGACAAGCUUCUUGAAGAAGAAAAGAAGCAGAUGGAACAUGUACAGCGAGUGCUACAGAGACUGAAACUGGAAAAGGACAAUUGGCUUUUAGCAAAAUCUACCAAAAAUGAGACCAUCACAAAAUUUCUACAGCUGUGUAUAUUUCCUCGAUGUAUUUUUUCAGCAAUUGAUGCUGUUUACUGUGCUCGUUUUGUUGAAUUGGUACAUCAACAGAAAACUCCAAAUUUUUCCACACUUCUUUGCUAUGAUCGAGUUUUCUCUGAUAUAAUUUACACAGUCGCAAGCUGUACUGAAAAUGAAGCUAGUCGAUAUGGGAGAUUCCUUUGCUGCAUGUUAGAGACUGUGACCAGGUGGCACAGUGAUAGAGCCACAUAUGAAAAGGAAUGUGGAAAUUAUCCAGGAUUUCUUACUAUAUUACGGGCAACUGGUUUUGAUGGUGGAAAUAAAGCUGAUCAAUUAGACUAUGAAAAUUUUCGACACGUUGUACAUAAAUGGCAUUACAAACUAACCAAGGCAUCGGUACAUUGCCUUGAAACAGGCGAAUAUACUCACAUCAGGAAUAUCUUGAUUGUGCUAACAAAAAUACUUCCUUGGUACCCAAAAGUUUUGAAUCUGGGUCAGGCUUUGGAAAGAAGAGUGCAUAAAAUCUGCCAAGAGGAAAAAGAGAAGAGGCCAGAUCUAUAUGCAUUGGCUAUGGGCUACUCUGGGCAGUUGAAAAGUAGAAAGUCAUACAUGAUACCUGAAAAUGAGUUUCAUCACAAAGACCCCCCUCCGAGGAAUGCAAUUGCCAGUGUACAAAAUGGGCCUGGCGGUGGGCCUUCUUCAUCGUCAGUAGGAAGUGCAUCUAAAUCGGAUGAAAGCAGUAAUGAGGAGACUGAUAAAUCAAGGGAGAGAUCUCAGUGUGGUGUGAAAGCAGUUAAUAAAACUUCUAGUGCCACACCAAAAGGGAAUUCAAGCAAUGGAAAUAGUGGCUCUAACAGCAGCAAAGCUGUUAAAGAAAAUGACAAAGAAAAAGGGAAAGAGAAAGAAAAAGAGAAAAAAGAAAAGACUCCAGCUACUACUCCAGAGGCCCGAGUACUUGGUGGUAAAGAUGGUAAAGAAAAACCGAAGGAAGAACGGCCAAAUAAAGAUGAAAAAGCAAGAGAGACGAAGGAAAGAACACCUAAGUCUGACAAAGAGAAAGAAAAAUUCAAGAAGGAAGAAAAAGUUAAAGAUGAGAAAUUCAAGACCACUGUCCCCAAUGCAGAAUCAAAGUCGACUCAAGAAAAGGAAAGAGAGAAGGAGCCAUCCAGAGAAAGAGAUAUAGCAAAGGAAAUGAAAUUAAAGGAAAACGUUAAAGGAGAGAAAACACCAGUUUCUGGGUCCUUGAAGUCACCUGUUCCCCGAUCAGAUAUUGCAGAGCCUGAAAGGGAACAAAAACGUCGCAAAAUUGAUACCUACCCUUCUCCAUCACAUUCCGCAACAGUAAAGGUUACAGCCAUACUUCCCAAAGUUCCUCUGGGUUCUGAGAACUAUGCCAGCUCACCUGUCAUCUCCAUUCAUUUUCUACAGGACAGUCUCAUCGAACUCAAGGAGUCUUCAGCAAAGCUCUACAUUAAUCAUACUCCUCCACCACUGUCCAAGAGUAAGGAGAGAGAAAUGGACAAGAAAGAUUUGGACAAGUCGAGGGAAAGAUCCAGAGAAAGAGAAAAAAAAGAUGAAAAGGACAGGAAAGACCGGAAAAGGGAUCACUCAAACAAUGACCGAGAAGUGCCACCGGACUUAACCAAGAGGCGGAAAGAGGAAAAUGGAACAAUGGGGGUUUCAAAACACAAAAGUGAGAGUCCGUGUGAGUCUCCUUAUCCAAAUGAGAAAGACAAGGAAAAAAAUAAGUCAAAAUCGUCAGGCAAAGAAAAAGGCGGUGACUCAUUUAAAUCUGAAAAAAUGGAUAAAAUCUCCUCUGGUGGCAAAAAGGAGUCCAGGCAUGAUAAAGAAAAGAUAGAAAAGAAAGAGAAACGGGACAGUUCAGGAGGAAAGGAAGAGAAGAAACAUCAUAAGUCCUCGGACAAGCACAGAUAAUGAAGACUUUCAAUCAAGGGUAUGGACAGACCCCUAAGCUGAAGGUCUCCUAGAGGAGGAUGCCACAGCUCCAUGCGUCACUCUCAGAACGAUAUCUCCUAUAAUUAAGAGCUUCUGGUGCUGUCCAUUUAAUGGGAAUCUGCUUUAAAUCAGAAGAUGAAUACACACUACCAUCCUCUUGAUGAGACAUUCCAAAGUCACUGAUUUUCAGAACAUUAUUUUCACCUCCAGGCAGUUUCUUGCAGCAAGGUUCCUGUGUAUACAAUGUUUACUCGAGAUUUGCCAUCCAGAAGCAGCAUCUAAUGAAAAUGUCACUAACUGUUUUAGUUCAUCCUUCUUUCUCAGAAAGGAGAGGAAAUCGACUCCUGGAACCAGUUCCUUAAUCAUGUAGAUAGACUGUAUUUGUGUGCGAACUUUGAUAAGUUUGACAAUAUGGGGAUGAUUAUAUUGCUUGAGGAUUUUGGCUUCUUGUAAAAAUUUUAAUUUCAGUUCCUGGGAAAGAUCAUCUUCACAUGUUUUAACAGCAAUAGCAGUUUUAUCCUUUAAUGUGCCCUUAAAUGUGUCAUCAGAAUUUCCCUUGCCCAGUAAUUAUGACAUUUUCAUAAUAGGCAUUUUUUAUUCUAAUUAUGAUCAUGCUGAUACCGUGAUUCUCUUUAUUGGAACAUUGACUUUUUUUGCAGCUAAAAAAAAUUGAGAUGAAGUUCUUAUAAAAUAUUCCAUUUAAAAGUGGUUUUUCGUAUAUCCCUGUGUUGUAACCAUCACCAGUAAUUCCAGAACAUCUCCAUCACCCUCAGAAGAGACCCUGCAUCUGUUAGCAGUCACCUGCAAUUCUCUCCUUCCUGCAGCCUCUGGAAACAACUAAUGUAUUUUCUGUCUCGAUGGAUUUGCCUGUUUUGGACAUUUCAUAAAAAUGGAAUCAUGCAAUAUGUGGCCUUUUGUUAUAUGUGGCUUCUUUCACUUAGCAUCAUGUUUUCAAGGUUCAUCCAUGUUGUAGCAUGUAUCAGAAAUUGAUUUCUUUUUAUAACUGAAUACUAUUCCAUUGUAUGGAUGUGUACCACAUUUUGUUUAUCCAUUCAUCAGUGAUGAACAGGAACAAUGAUUUUUAAGUAUUAAAACUGUAAGUUCAACAUUAAUGUAUCUAUAAUUAUAAUUGGUAAUGUCAAGAUUAUACAUGGUGUGAACAGAAUACUGUAUAGAAACGAUAUGUAAAUUAUUUGUCAGCAUAUCAUGCAAGUGUGAUUAUUUUCUAAGGCCCUUCUAGCUCUGGUUUUAAUGAAAUAUGUGAAUGUAGUAUUUUCAUCAAUAAAGUUUAAUGCGUUAAGCAUUAGAUUAAAAUUUGAAUGAGAACAAUGUUAGGCAGAUAUGAAACUAUUUGCCACAUGUUGUAAUGAUCAUGUUUUGAAUUUAUUUCAAUAUGCAGUAUUUGAAAAAUGUCAAUACAUAAAGGAAAGGAAAUGAGUAUAAUUAAGUCAAUAUAUUUUUAAAGCAAUUUUUAUAAUUUAGCAGACAUUGCAUCUUAAUAUAAGUAACUAUUAAAAUCAUGUCCUUGUGAAAAAUGUGAUGUCAUUUUUCUCUUUUUUUGUUGAUCAGGUAAAAUUGGUUCCUUUUCACGGUUAUGUGUUCUGUUUACUUUUGACAAGCUAUUGCUUGUCCCUGUGGAAUUCUAUUUCAUUUUUUCCUCCCUCCCCUCCCCCCACCCCCCCUUUCCCUCUCUCACAGACAAAAUGUUCUGUGGUUUGUUUUUUUUUAAAUUCAUCAUAAUGUACCUAUCUUUAGUGGUUUCUAAGAAUAGGCAAUAAGAAAUACACAAAUAUUUCAUCCUUAUUUAGGGACUUAAUUCAAGCCUUUGUUAUUGACAGAACUCAUUGAUUUUCUUAAAUCUUCCUUCCUUCCUCCUCCUCCUCUCCUCCCUUCUUCCCUCCCUCCCUCCCGCCUCCUUUCAUCUGUCCCUCCUUCCCCCUUCCAUCCAUCCCCUCUCCUUCCUCCCUGCCCCCUACCAAUGCCUUUCUUAUCUAUCAAUAUAAUCACUUUGUUUCUUUCAGAUGAGAUUGGAAUGAAAUUGUUCAGCUGUGACCAGAAAUUUAUUGUCCUGAGUAGAUUGCCAAGAAUUAUGAACGAAGAGGGCCCGUUUGCAUCUCCUUAAAUUAUUCAGUGAUCUGCUCUAUUGCUCCAUGCCGAAAACUUAAAAUUGUUGAGUUGUGCAUUAUUGUAUUUAACUUGUUGCUUAGUUUCUACAUGUUUAUUUUCAGUAAAUGGCUGAAAGUAUUAACUUCCAUAUUUUUAGCACAAUGUGCUGUAUACAGUUUCCAAGAAGCAAAUAAGGUUACAUAUGUACAGAAUUUCCCUUUAGGUUAACUAAAUAUUGCCUGAGUUUAGUUUUUUUUUUUCAAUUUGAAAUGCUUCCUUUUUAUUGUUUGAAAUGGAAAAUAAACAAUUAUUGAACCCUCUUGAAUUUACCUCAUUUAAAAACUCAGUUUUAAUUUAUUAUUUGGCCUGUUUUUAAUAUUAGUAAAAAUCAAAGUGGGAGCAGUGUCUUAUGCAAUGCCUAGGAAUCAUUUUAUAUACUAUGUGUAAGACAUUAAAACCUGUUAGAAAAAAAAAAGGUACCAGCACUCCCUUGUCCCUUGCCAUUUUUUCUUGUAAUUAUGUUAGAAAAAUCUGGGCGGGGGGAUCGAAAGUUAAUUGUCUUUUAAGUCUACAGCUACAGGAGCUUUGUAUUGCUUAACUUUAAUCUGGAAAAGUUUCACAGUGACAUUUUUAAAAUAAAGUUUUUUUAUCUAAUGAAUUCUACCCAUGUAACCCUUUUUCUAAAUAAACAGUAGUUUUCUCAAA